CAGCAGGCAGUGCUGUUGGUCCGCGUUGGAGUGCACUGUGCGGCGCUGCCUCUCCGCAGCGUAGAGAGCCGUCCUUCACCUCGGACGGCCGACUGAGGCCAUAAGCUCAUCCCGCAGCCCGUGUCACAUCCACGCCGCGGUGGAACAGAUGCCAGGGGCGGGGGAACAAGGAGGGUGGGCUGCCUGGAGCGGACGGGUGAGCCUGCAGGGGCCACAAGAGUUAGUGUUGUGCUCACAGGGAGCUGGAAGCGGCGUGUAGCGGCACAUCUGCGGCGCUGUAGAUUAUUGAAGAGCAGUCAGACAGUGUUGGAGCUGAUAGGACUGAACAGGGAAACUAAAGACAAUGCGAACUGCUUCCGAGAGAACAUGUUGAGUUCCCACAGAUGUCGUGGAGAUAAAACAUCCACAGCGAUGAGAGUGCCACGACAUGCCUGCUUCUGAAGCCCUUUCCUGACUGAGAUAGUGAGUCAUGCCAUAACUCUCUUGGAUCCCCAUGAAGAGCUGACCACUCAAAAGGUGAAAGGAUUUCAGCUUGGCCACUAAAUAAAACCCUGUUCCUGCUGCACAGCGUGGGAGAAAGUGCCACAACGGGGCUGGUAUGGCAUCUCUGUAGGCUGAUAACCGGCGUGAAAGCAGUUUUGAGUGAUCAUCUUUCACUCCUUUCAUACUGGAUGCAGAGAACAAGCACGCUUGGCUUGUGCUGUCAACAGGAAAGGAACAGACACUAGCAUGGACUCUCACAGGUGGAUGUAAGGCUUCUUCCUCAGGAGACACACAGGAGAAGUCAUGCAAUUGUCUGGAUGACCUUCAUACCAGAUUAACGCAUCAAGACUGUCUUCAUUUUAAUUAGAGCUUUUUGUCAGUGGGAAGCAGAAAGAGCUGCUGCUGAUUUGUCUGCUUUAUGAGUGUUCAUCACUGGGCCUUGUGCUCCAGUGAGCCAGCAUGGCUAAACCUCUGCUGAAGAUACAGCGUUAUUUCCGCAGGAAACCUGUCCGCUUCUUUACCCUCAUCCUGCUCUACCUGACUGCUGGAAGCCUCGUCUUCCUGCACUCUGGCUUUGUCGGAGACAGCGGCCCCGGAGGGCGAGGAGGUCGUGACACUGUGGUGGCCUCAGAGAUGGGCAGCCAGACCAUGUCGUCAGACAGUCGAGGGCUUGGCAUCAUGCGUGUAUUUAAGGAGGCUCACAGGUCUGGAAGAGGCUACGCCCCCCUGUGGAAAAAAAAGACCAGUAUGUCCACGGAGGGCAAAGAUGGAGACUACUCCAACAACUGGAACCGUGCACUGAAAGCACGCAAUGCUAAGGACAUGGACGACGGAAGAGCAAAAUAUAUCGGCUGCUACGUUGAUGACACACACAAGAGGGCCCUAAAAGGAGUUUCGUUUUUGGACUACAAAAAAAUGACUGUAUUUCGUUGCCAAGACAAUUGUGCAGAGAGAGGUUACAUGUACGCAGGUUUGGAGUUUGGAGCCGAAUGCUACUGCGGUCACAAGAUUCAGGCCGCCAAUACUUCAGAGAGUGAAUGUAACAUGGAGUGUAAAGGAGAGAAGAGCAACGUGUGCGGGGGAGCCAACCGGCUAUCCAUCUAUAGGCUGGAACUGAGCCAGGAGUCGGCACGGCGCUAUGGCAGCGCCAUUUUCAAGGGGUGUUUCCACAGGCCAGAAAAUGUCACUUUGGCUCUCCCUUUUAGCGUCUCCAUCCGAAACAUGUCUGUUGACAAAUGUGUCGACACGUGCACGGAGAAGGAGAAAUCGCUGGCCGUCCUGGCUCGAGAUCGAUGCCACUGCGGCUUCCCGACCCCCUACUUCUCCCUUCAUGAGCCGGAGGACGAGGGCAUGUGUCUCCACCGCUGCCUCGGCGAAGAGUUUGAAAGCUGCGGCAAUGACGAUUACUAUGUGGUGUAUCAAACCCAGGUUCAAGACAACCGCUGCAUGGACAGACACUUCCUUCCCGCUCGUGCCAGUCAGCUGGUAGCCCUUGCCAGUUUCCCUGGAGCAGGUAAUACUUGGGCUCGUCAUCUCAUAGAACUUGCCACUGGCUUCUACACCGGCAGCUAUUACUUUGAUGGCUCACUCUACAAUAAAGGAUUUAAAGGAGAGCGAGACCACUGGCGGAGCGGGAGGACCAUCUGCAUAAAGACACAUGAGAGCGGCAAGAAGGAGAUCGAAGCUUUUGACUCGAGCAUCCUCAUGAUCCGAAACCCCUACAAGGCUCUUAUGGCGGAAUUUAACCGGAAAUAUGGAGGGCACAUUGGAUUUGCCUCCCAGGCCCACUGGAAAGGAAAAGAGUGGCCCGAGUUUGUGAAGAACUACGCUCCGUGGUGGGCAUCCCACACCUUGGAUUGGCUCCAUUAUGGGAAGAACGUCCAUGUGGUCCACUUUGAGGUCCUGAAGAGAGACUUGUUCUACCAGCUGAAGUGUAUGGUCCAGUUCCUGGGAUUGAAGGUUUCCGAGGAGCGUCUGCUCUGCGUGGAAGGCCAGAAGGAUGGCAACUUCAAGAGGUCAGGGCUUCGCAAGCUGGAAUAUGACCCAUACACUCCUGAAAUGCGAGCAAACAUCAAUGAACUAAUUAGAACGGUUGACGCUGCCUUGAAGAAGAGGAACAUGUCUGGCGUUCCAGAUGAAUACAUGCCAAGAUGAUACACGUGAUACUUUCUGCAGCACAUUUGGAAAGAUUCCUCCUUAGUCAUAGUAUUUUAUUAGUUUUUAUUUUUCAUGAAGACACUUUUUCUUCUUUUCUUGCAAUUGACGUGUUGGACAAGAACAUAAUAGCACUUGUCCUCUUCCGUGCACAUGUGCUGUGUCGGCAUGUGCACACGCCUUAACAUGAAGAGGCUACGAUAGCAAGCUGUGAGCGCAGUGAAAACAAUUUAAUACGCUUUGGUAUGUUGAGCUUAUUUUGUACAACAAGAAGAAGAAAUAAGAUGGAAACAUUUUCUGCUGCUCCUCCUCCUCCAAACAUUUCUAGGUGAAGUUCUCGAAAAGAAAGCCACUUAUCAGAGGGAUUCAUGCAAUAUGCAGGCUAUAACUACCUGAUAAUGAUACUGUGUUUUUAACUUACUCUUUGCAGCAGGAAUUCUCUUUUUGAUGAUAAAGUUCUCAGUUUCUCGGCACUGAGUCAAAGAGAGACGAUGAUUUAUCCUGAGAGCAUUUAUUUAUCUCUGGUGUGCAGCACACACGUGUCCACUCUGCUUGUGAAUGAUGUUCUCUUGACACUGGAUUCAAUGCCGAAACCCAAAAAGCACUUGACAGUGCAACACUUGGCCCAAAGAUUUCUAAAGAAUCCCUCUCUGUGUGCUUUAGGUCAGAUUAGUUCUUUUUCCUUCAGUUUUCAUAACACUCAAUACUUUUUUUUAUUGCUUUGUUGUGAUAAGGGCAACUCAAUAGUUAAACCAGUGAAUUUAAAACUGCAAAAAUUCAACUCAUAACAUCAGUACGUCUCACACGUGCUCUCUCUGCCACAUGCUUCAAACAAAACAAGCAUGUACAAUAAAUCAAUAAACAGAUAAAUAAAUAACAAUGCUGAGAGCCAAGAGACAAUAACUGACUUCCAUUUUCAGGAUAUUCUAUAUUUUUAUAAUGCGUGUUGGCACAUCCAAAUAUUUGUACUACGAGAAACAAAUGGUAGACGCUGUUUCUAUUUUUGACAGACGCUUUAAACUUCAUUGGCUCUUGUUGUCAUUGACAAACAGGCACAAAUGUGUCGUAUUUGAAUGUAUCGCCAUGGAACGAAUGUACUGUGAUGAAGCCCAAUAAAUUAGUACAUUGGAUAAUGCGUUAAUUGUCUCCAUUUUUAAUAAUGAGGCAAAUGUCACCACCGUGAUGAGCGGCUUUGAAAGCAAUACAACAUUUAAAAGGGAACGUCACCUUUUUCACCUAUGGAGCUCGAAAACAAGCUUUGUUGUCAUUGAAAAGUGCCUGCAUGAUGUCACAGGGGUUAUGUCAUUCCUGCAGACGCUUUAGCGUCUGGGGUGUGUUUACUGCAACAAGCGAUUAAAAGUAGAGGUCGUGCUCCUUUUUUCUUCUUUUCUUUCCGUCUCGCCUGAGUUUUCAGACAAACCCCUUGAAUAUUUCAGUUCAGUGUUCUUCAACACUACAUCAAACUGACGUGUUUUGAAGUGCGGCUGACAAGAACAAUAAAAUAGUCUGAUGAUCAAAUGGAUUAUGUAAAUCAGCGGCAUUCAAAGAGGAUGGCAGUGGAUGCGCUGCCGCUUGUGAGAAAUAAAGAAAUGAGCAUUUUUAAAUCUAACUUUCACAAUUUGGGUAGGUUAGGUUUAAUAAUGUUGGGUUAGGUUUAAUAAUACAGUGAAGUCUUGGUUCGUGUGCUUAAUUCGUUCGCCCCGAAUGUCCGACCGGAUACAUUUUUCCCAUAUUAAAUAAUGUAAAUCCAAUUAAUCCGUUCCAGAAAGCCAAAAAUGUUGACACAAAACACAUUUUUAUAGACUUACAAUUACAGUUUUGCAUGCAUAAAAUGCAGAAAUGGAUAUAAAUAAAAUAAUAAAUAAAUAAAUCAUGAAUGAGAGGGAUAAAAGAAUAUUUGAAAACUUGAUGUGGCAGCAAGAUCAACACGGAGACCACCUUCCUGUUUUGCCAUUGGUUUUUAAUUCAAUAGUGUUUCUCACAAUAACCCAAAAUGGCGCCAAAUAAAGUUACAAGUGUCACCAUUUUGAUAAAGACAGUAAGAAACACUAUUGACUUCAAGAAAUAACCCCUGACAAAACAGGAAGGACCCGUCCUUGUGGUGUCUCACUGCCACAUCAUGUCUUUAGGAACAGUCACGUGAACAAUCACGUCUUCAGUGCUGGUAAAAGUAAGCUUAAAUGUUCAUUUAUUCCUUUGAUUCAUCCUUUAUAUGCAUUUAGAAUUGGUUUAUGCAUGUAAAUCUAUUGAAACAUGUUUUGUGUUAACUUUUUUGAGAGUCAACUGCUGAUGACAUCAUAGACGGGCUACGUAACUGACUUUUGGUUCCGGUUGCCAUUUUGUUAGCAAGCUAAGGAUGCUAACACAACUGUUUGCAGUGACGUGUGGUCAGGGGAGGCAGGUGGGGCAGAGCUAUCGGCUGUCCAUUGUUGUGUAUGUGAUGAAGAUGCGUCCUCCGCGAGCAUCACAGCCAUCUUGUUUACGUAUGUGUUACACAGAGGUUGAAUAUGCGAGGGUCGCAGCCAUCUUCAUCACAUACACAACAAUGGACAGGUGACAGCGUGCAGAGAUAUGACGAAAGAGGAAAGUAAUGCCGAGCGAUUUGUGAGGUCUGAUUUUUUUCGAGGAGGCAUUUUUGUGAUGAAAAUCUAUUAUAACCCUUUUGAACGCAUAUUGUUUUGAGAAGCCAAACUCUUUACUUAAGUGACUCCAGUACUACGUUCCUCAUCACCGAAAUCCGACCAAAACUGGGCUCAUGGGACCAAGUGGGGGGUAAGUCAGUGUUGAUGCACUACACCGGUGAUGGGUAUGUCAUUCAACUUCAUGUCAAAAAAUACGAAGAAGCCCUUUAACUAACCCAACCAGAGCUUUACAUAACUCCAACUCUGAAGAUGUGUAAAUGUCUUGCUUCUUAUUGGUCAAUACAACCAGUGUAAUAUUCACUGCUAGUGAGUUGUCCAUGCAAAUCGACAUAUACUGUAGAAUGUGAUUCACUAUUUGAUGCAAGAGAACAUAACAAAUGUGCUAAAGGGCAUCUCUUACGGUCUCAUUGUAAUUUUAAUUGUAAAAUUCCAAAAUGUUUUUAACAUUUAUGAAAGACAAGAGGAAAAAGUUACUAAUAGAGUACAUUACCUUUGAAAUCUGCCAACAAGACAAUAAAGUUGAAAUGGAAUAA